UGGGGAUCAAUUUGGCGGGAAAUAUGCUUACAUCCCUGGGAUAUUAAAUUGACACAAGUAGAAAGAAAGAACCCUAGGAAAAUUUAUGAGGCCAAUUCUCUUUCCCUGCUAAAAUUCCUCAAUCGUGGCUACUCAAUCUUCCGAUUACACUCCUAGAAUCGACCAUUUUUAUUGUUCUAGUCAAGUUCCUUUUUUUCUUUUUCAUUGUAUUCGCAACCUCGGAUUCCGUCUCACUCUAUAACAAAAGGGACUUGGGAAAUGUCUGACGUUUUUGACGAUGAAGUUGAAGCUGAGCCCACGAUUUCGAUUGGGGAUUACCUGAAAUCAGUCGAAGAAGAGGAGUUGGAAGCAGAUUUAAUUCUGGGAGGUGAUGAGGGCAAGGAGUGUACCUACGGAAAAGGGUAUGUCAAAAGACAGGCAAUUUUCUCAUGUUUGACCUGCACACCUGAUGGGAAUGCUGGGGUCUGCACAGCGUGUUCCUUGGUUUGCCAUGAUGGCCAUGAGAUUCUGGAACUAUGGACCAAAAGAAAUUUCAGAUGUGACUGUGGAAAUUCAAAAUUCGGGGAGGUCUACUGCAAGCUUUUAGCCGGCAAAGAUGUAGAGAAUACAGAGAACAUGUACAACCACAAUUUCAAAGGUACUUACUGCACAUGUGAUCUGCCUUACCCCGAUCCUAAUGUUGAAGAACAAGUUGAGAUGAUUCAGUGUUGUAUUUGUGAGGAUUGGUUUCAUGAGGAGCAUAUCGGUCUUCAGUCUGGUGACAAGAUCCCAAGAGACGAGGAAGGCGAGCCACUUUAUGAGGAUUUCAUCUGCCAAGGGUGUUCAGUCAUCUGUUCUUUUCUUACUUGCUAUCCUCAAAUCAUUUCAGCAUCAGAUCCUUCAGAUACUGGGAAGGAAAAGGCAGUCGAAAACUCUGUUUUGAUAUCUUCAGACACACUUGAUGAAGACAGCUGCUCCAUUGGUUCUAGUUUAAGUAAUACAAAAUCUCAUACUGCUCCUGGAGAAGGUGAUGCAGAAGCUGUAAUUAAAGGAUGCAGUGAAGUUGCUGGCCCGAGCACCAAGUGUAUUAUUGGAGGCAUAAUCGAGAAUCUCCCAGAUACUGGGAAUAGCAAGCCCUUGUUUCUUUCAAAAGGUUGGAGAGAAAUCCUCUGUAGGUGUGGAAAGUGUUCGGACAUGUAUGCCCAGAGGCGAAUUAGCUUCUUGCUCGACAAAGAGGACUCGAUCGCUGAGUAUGAGAAAAUGGGACAGCAGAAAAGGAAUGAGAAUAUUCAGAAACUAGAGGGUGCUGAGUUAAACUUUAUGAACAAUCUGGGCCAUGUUGAGAAGAUGGAAAUACUAAGCGGAAUUGCUGACAUGAAGAAUGAGAUAUUCUCUUUCCUGGAAUCGUCAGACCCCUCGAAGCCUGUCACGACUGCUGAUGUCCAACAGCUUUUUGAGAAUCUUGCCAAGAAGAGAAAGCGUUCUGAUUAAGCUAUGAAGCUUAGUUAUGAAACUGGCAGUUUAAAUUUAUGACUCUGUAGUUGGUGUUUGGAGCAUAGUUUUGAUAUACUAUACUGUUUUAUGCAUCUGAAGUUCUCAACUUGUGUUGUAGAUUCGGUAUGUUAUCUUAACAGUUAAAUCAGAACCGUUUAUCUCUCUCACAGGAUCUUGUCAUUCCUUUAAAGGGUGUGGCAAUUUGAGUA